GGCGGAGGGUCGCGGGAGCCUCUGCCUCCUCCUCCGGCACCGGAGCACACAGGAGGAGGCGGCAUCCGGAGGAGCGGCUCCGCCAACCCAGCCCUGCCAUCGCCCGGAGAUGCCGCCCGCUGGCCCGCGGUGCCCACUGCUGCUGCUGCUGCUGCUGCUGCUGCUGCUGCUGCUGCUGCUGGCGGCGGCGCGCACGGCGGCCCCUCCGCACAGGCCUACCUUUGCAUGUGGAGGAGUUGUAUCUGGAGAGUCAGGGUUUAUUGGGAGCGAAGGAUUUCCUGGAGUCUACCCUCCAAACAGCAAAUGUACAUGGAAAAUCACAGUCCCAGAAGGAAAAGUGGUGGUUCUUUCCUUUAGAUAUUUAGACCUGGAAAGUGACAACUUGUGUCGAUAUGAUUUUGUGGAUAUAUACAACGGCCAUGCCAAUGGACAACGCAUUGGCAGGUUCUGUGGUACUGUGAAACCAGGUGCCCUUGUGUCCAACAGCAAUACAAUGUUGGUGCAGAUGACUUCAGAUGCUAAUACUGCUGGAAGUGGAUUCAUUGCAAAGUUCUCUGCAGCAGAACCACAUGAAAGAGGAGCUCAGUACUGUGGAGGACGCCUGGAGAAGCCAUCAGGAUCCUUCCAAACACCCAACUGGCCGGAGCGAGACUACCCAGCAGGAGUCACUUGCUCCUGGCAUAUCGUCGCCCCAAAGAACCAGCUGAUAGAGCUAAAGUUUGAGAAGUUUGAUGUGGAGAGAGACAACUACUGCAGAUAUGAUUACGUGGCAGUAUUUAAUGGUGGGGAAAUCAAUGAUGCCAAAAGGAUUGGAAAGUACUGUGGAGACAGUCCACCAGCGCCUAUUCUGUCUGAGAAAAACGAGCUGCUCAUUCAGUUUUUGUCUGAUUUAAGCUUAACAGCUGAUGGGUUUAUUGGACAUUAUAAAUUUAGACCAAAAAAGUUACCCACAACUACAGUCCCACCUACUACUACAACGGUUCCUGCUACCUCAAUUGUGAAGCCCACAGUUGCCCUGUGCCAGAGGAAGUGUAAGAGGAGUGGGACUUUGGAAAGCAAUUAUUGUUCCAGCAACUUUGUAAUAACUGGAACUGUAAUCACAGCAGCAGCACGGGCUGGCAGUCUGCAUGCAACAGUGUCACUCAUUAAUGUGUACAAGGAGGGAACUUUAGCAAUUCAGCAAGCCGGCAAGAGCAUGAGCGCCAAGAUUGUGGUUGUGUGUAAGCAGUGUCCUCUCAUCAGAAGAGGUUUAAACUACGUCAUCAUGGGCCAGGUUGAAGAAGAUGGCAGAGGCAAAGUCUUUCCCAACAGUUUUGUCAUGAGUUUCAAGACCAAGAACUCAAAGAUCCUAAAUGCCUUGAAAAACAAAACUUGUUAAGACUUAACAUUCCAUAGCUGCAUUCUAUCAUCUCUCCUGAAAAAUAAUGUUCACUUAGUAUAAGUCAUGCAAACAACACAACUGACUCUCAACACUAAAACCCUGCUCACCCUUUCUUCCUUUCCAUCCACCUAAUCAUGCCCUGGCACAAAGUGGUAUCCAUCACAUGUACAAGAUGAGAACAGAUCCUCCUGCGUCUUAAAGCUGAAGAUCUGCACCACAGCCAUCAGAUCUCAAACAUACCAAAUUCCAGUUGCUUGGAAGCUGUUAAUUUAUAAUUGUCCUUUUUUAUUACUAUUUUAUAAGGAGUUGUGUAUGUAAAAUAAGAAUUCUAAAUGCAAUAUUUAUAAUAACUCAUUUUAACUUAGCCUUUUCUCUGAGGUUGUUUCAUUACACAGAUUU